ACAUGGGGAUAUAAUAUGUCCCCUUUAAAAAAACUAUGGCUAUGUGGGAUCUAGGUAUCAUAGACUGGGGAAAGAGGAAAGGAGGAUCCUCCAACUCCUACGGGACAUGGAUCCAGAAGAUGACCACCAUGUGGUCCAUAUGAAGGACUUCCUUGUGUUCCGGAAACACAUCUGCAUUUCCUUUGAACUCCUCGGUUCUGACAUGCAUGCUAUGCAGACUAAAAAGGGUGAGAGUGUCUCAUAUGUGAGGAAGUGCGCAUACCCCAUCCUCAAGUGUCUUCAGCUGCUGAAGAGAGAGAACAUCAUGCACAGUGACCUCAAACUGGCUAACAUGGUCAUGUCAGGGAAGGACCCCAACACCCUCAAGGUCAUCGACUUUGGAUUGAGCCUGGUUCAGGAUGAGCCAAGAUACUAUAGUCGUAUCCAGACUCAGUCGAUCCGUGCUCCAGAGGUGACUCUGGGUCUUUUGUGCACCACUGCCAUUGACAUGUGGAGCUUUGGCUGCUGCUUGAUAGAGCUCCUCAUUGGAAGAGAAGCGUUCUAUGGAGAUGAGGAAUAUGAACAACUCACGCGCACCAUAGAGAUACUGGGAAUGCCUCCAGAAGAAUUAGUGGCUUCGUCAUCACAAAGGAAUGUGUUUUUUGACGAGCAGGGCACGCUGAAAUAUAUCAGGGUCAACAACUCGGGGGAGAUAAUCCUGCCAGGCUCCAAGAGGCUGGAGAGUCUUCUGGGCACCAGCGACCCUGACCUGCUGGACUUUAUCAAGCGUUGCCUAGAUUGGGACUCAUCAAAGAGGAUGACUCCAGGUCAGGCACUCGAGCAUGCCUGGAUGAUGAAGACUUCACUUGGAUGCAUGUCUCCAACCCCAGGAAACCCACCAAAAACUGUUAUGCUGAAGACCCUGGCUGCAGGAACCACACAGCAUCUGAAACCAGACGAGGCCACUGGCAGCCAGCCACAGACCAUGGACCAGGGGGAAAUGGACAAACUGGGGAAGCAUGGAAGGACCCUGAGACCCCUGACUUCAGAGCUCGACCCCCUGCUCCCUCCCAUUGGUGCGACUGCACCGGCUUCUCCACCAAGAGGCAAGAGGGUAACUGUUACCCCAGAUGGUGGUGCAGACAGGAGGGACGCAGGAGCAACCAAACCAGCUGGCCAAGCGGGAUGCUCCCGGGUCUCUCCCAUAGGCGCCGCUGCCCCGUCUCCUCCACCAAGAGGCAAGAGGUCAACUGUUACCACAGAUAGUGGUGCAGCCAGCUUACUUAAAAAAAAUUACAAUCUUAAUCCAACAAUGUCAAAUCAACCAUGUUAA